GAACAACUCGCAGGUUCUCUCCUCCAUCACCCCGUCAUCGUCGCCCGAAUCCGCGCACCGCGUUUUUUGCUUUCUUGCUUUAUUUUUGGGUCGCGCUCGCCGUCGUCGUCGUCGAUUCUCUCUUGCGUGUGACAGAGCUAGUGACUGUGGCCACGGAGAAGCCCCCACUGGCAAGUGCCUGGCAGCAGCCAGAGUGUCAAACUUUGUGUGCUUGUUGUUGUUGUUCUGUGUGGCAUCGAUUCUUCCGUAGGAGUAAGUGGUCCCCUGGAGGAAUUCUGGGAACGUCCCGGACUGCUGGCAGUGUUGCAGUUGCCUGAAGUAGGUCGUAGUGGCCGCGUUCCGUCCCAGUUGUCGCGCCCGAACCGUGUGUUACACAAGAAAGCAAAUUUUGCAUCAUCAAAGAGAAGCGAAUCGUUUUAUGCAACGGGGUAAAAUACGGAUUGGCGAAUCAGGGAAGCCGUGAUUGACCGAGGAGAGCUUGGUGUUCUGUUGGGAAGUGUCCUUGGACGCGGGGAUUAGCAGCAAAAAGAAAAUUUCAAGAAUUGUAUCAGGGAAAAAGAGCAAAUUUAGAGAGUGUCCCCCUUCGUCCUCCCCAUCUCAACAGGGAAAAAGGCCAAUAGCGUCGUCGUGUGUCCCCAAGUGAAGUGUCCCCCCCCCUCUUUAAGGAGGAAUAAAAAGUCGGUCGAAGAAGAAACCGAAAAAAGGUCAGAGUAAAGCCAGUAAAAGUAUCCAUAAUUAAUUGCGUUUGGAAAGGAUUGAAUUUUUGACGCCAAACCGCAGCAGCAGCAUCGGUUUUUGGCCACGAUUCGACGGGGAGCUGAAAAAGCUGACUCAGGGGAGAUUCAUCUCGAGAGAAGAAACAAAAAAAAAGAAAGGAACCAGCAGACCGAAAACCGACGGAGCUGGUGAAAUUUAAGAGUGGCUGCUGCUGAAGAAUCUUGAUUCGGAAGGAGUGUUGUGGCAGAUUCAGCGGUCUCAGAAGCCUCUGCCUGGUGCCCUCAACGUUCGUCUCGUCACCCCCUUGAAGCCCAACCGUUCGUUCGUUAAGUCUCGCCGCAGUUCUUUCAUGAGACAAAUUGAAACAAGCAAAAAAAAAAAAGUAAGCAAACUCUCCAUCAACUUGUCUCGCCGCCCGUCAACCUCGAAGAACUCUCCUCCGUACAAGUCAAGUCUUGGAACUAACGAUUCCAGCAAUUACGACGACGACGACGACGACUUCAGGAACAUCAGCGUUGAGAGGACGCGGGCAGAGUGAAGUUCUCAGUGGUUGUGCCAAGUGUUACCGAAAAUUAUUACUACAGUUAAAAGUUCGAUAGUUAUAAGGCUUCGAAUCUCUUCAAACUAAAUCCACCUGACUGGAAUGAGAACAAGUUCGAGCAAAAGAGACGCAAAGUUUACAGAUGUUGUAUGCCUUACUAAACUAUCAAGAUGUUGCUAGCAAAUGACUAUUUUAACAAGCGCAACUCCCAGCAGCGGAACCUGCGGACCACGGUGCUGACAAACUUUAUCAAAAAGAUGGCCUUCACGGGAUCGCUCCGGAAGACGCUGUUCGGGCUGCUGCUGGUGAUGGUCUUCCUCGUGAUGUUCCUGUACUGGAACGAGAACACCGGCUCGCUGAAGCCGGCCGGAUCAGCCCUCAUCUUUGCGGGAAUCUUCAACCGAGACGGGGGAGGACAGGGCGCAGGAGCAGGGGGAGGAGCACUGGGUGGGAUGCCACCGCCGAAGAUAAAUCCACCGGAGAAAACGUGGACGUACCGGUGCGUCAACAAUCGCUGCGUCCGGCAGCACUACAUCGAGCAGGGCGAUUCGGAGAGCUCGUACGGUGGCAGUACCCCGGGCAAGCGGGUACCCUUCCUGACGUGCACCAUGACCUGUGGCCCGAUAAACAUCUGGCCCCAGCCCACGGCCAAGGCCACCAUCGGCAGCAAGACGUCCCGCUUCCGGCUGGCGGACCUCAACGUGCACAUCAAAGCGGCGGCCCAGCCCGUCGAGGGUCUGCUGCGGGACGCCUUCGGAGUGUUCAAGGAGGAACUGCGCGCCACCUUGGCGGCGCACGGAGCCGCGGGGGAAGACGGAGAAGCGGUGGCGGCGGCUUCGUUGGUGACCGAGAGCGGGAAGGAACCGGGCAAGGAGCCUUCCGCGGACGGUAAGAUUCACUUUUACAAACCGGUGGACGAGAACCGGUACGACGUGGACAAGUUUGACGUUCGGAUUACGGUGCUCAAGUCGCCGGACGUGUACCUGACGAUGCAGACGGACGAGAGCUACAACCUGUCGGUGACGCACACGGCCCGUAGCCUGGUGGCCAAGGUGUUCGCCAACAGCUUCUUUGGGGCGAAGCACGCCCUCACGACGAUGCAGCAGCUGGUGUGGUUUGACGACGAGGAGCGCGUCCUGAAGAUACUGAACAAAGCCUUAAUCGAAGAUGUGCCAAGAUUUAACUUCCGCGGCCUUAUGCUGGACACCUCGCGGCACUACUUCUCGGUGGACGCGAUCAAGCGCACCCUGGUGGGGAUGUCCCACUCGAAGCUGAACCGGUUCCACUGGCACAUAACGGACUCGCAGAGCUUCCCGUACGUGUCGAAGCACUAUCCGCAGCUGGCACGCUAUGGGGCGUACUCGGACCGGGAGAUUUACACGACGGACGAUGUGAGGGAGGUGGUGGAGUACGCGCGGGUACGGGGCAUUCAGGUGAUUCCGGAGAUUGACGCACCGGCACAUGCCGGCAACGGAUGGGACUGGGGACCGAAGCACAAUCUGGGCGAGUUGAGCUUGUGUAUUAAUCAACAACCGUGGAGUUAUUAUUGUGGGGAGCCGCCGUGCGGACAGUUGAACCCGAAGAACAACAACACGUACUUGAUCCUGCAGCGGUUGUACGAGGAGUUGCUGGAGCUUGCGGGGCCUCUGGAUUAUUUCCACCUGGGUGGGGACGAGGUCAACCUGGAGUGUUGGCAGCAGCACUUUAACGAGUCGGACAUGCGAACGCUGUGGUGUGACUUUAUGCAGCAGGCUUAUCACAGGUUACAGGUUGCGAACAAGGGGGUGGCACCGAAGCUGGCGGCCGUCUGGUCCAGCGGGCUGACCAGCUAUCCGUGUCUGUCAAAGAACACCUACGCGGUACAGGUUUGGGGCGGUUCCAAGUGGCAGGAGAACUACCAGCUGAUCAACGCCGGAUUCAGUUUAGUGAUAUCUCACGUGGACGCGUGGUACCUGGACUGUGGAUUUGGCAGCUGGCGGUCAACGGGUGAAGGCGCCUGCUCGCCGUAUCGCAACUGGCAAACGGUGUACAAACACCGUCCCUGGGACGAGAUGAAGCUGACCUCGCUGCAGAUGCGCCAAAUCCUCGGCGGCGAGGCGUGCCUCUGGACGGAACAGGUGGACGAAUCGACGCUGGACUCGCGGCUGUGGCCCCGGUCAGCAGCCCUCGCCGAACGCCUCUGGACCGACCCGGUCGAGGAAGUGUACAGCGAAUCCGUGCCGAAGGAAACGUUCAACCGGAUGUCGGUCUUCCGGAACCACCUGGUCGAGCUGGGCCUGCGGGCGGAACCGAUCUUCCCCAAGUACUGCGCCCAGAACCAGGACGAGUGUGUAUGAUAUUUCGCGAACCCGUUCUACUAGAUUCUGGCGAGGAAUGAUUGUUGCUAGGUUUUCGUAAGGGAUGUACAUAUUUGUAGAACCGUGUAGGAUAGAAUCACACACACACACUCACUUAAUUAAGGUUUCAGCAAGCGCGUGAGAUUAGAAGCCACACACCGAACAUGAUAGGACCGCUAAAUCAAAUACCAAGCAAGUGAGAAUCGCCGAUGGUUGUAUACUAAAUAAGAACAAAAUGACCGAAAAAGUAGUUCAUGAAAUACAAAACAAACUUUUCAGAAGCAAAGUAUAUUUUUAAACUAUAUUUUAGAACUAUAAAACAACACUUAGUUUCAAUACAUACACACACACUGAACACACCUGCCUUGCCGGCGCCAGAUAUUACGCAGUCGUGACCGAAACAAAUCAAACAAGGAUAACCUAAACUAAAUAUCUCAAUCAAAUCGUCUGUACUUACUGUUCGGAGAGAACAAAUCGAUAGAUUUCUGCAUCGCCGCGCCGCAAGAGUUUAUCCAUUUUAUUUAUGCAACCACCCUUUUCGUUGCUCUCUACUUUUAAAAGAUGAUUCGGUUUCGCGUAGAAGCAGUGAUAACAAAACGAUGCAUUUGCCUUCCCUGUUUUUGUUGCAGUGACCAUCCCCUUGAAUUGUGUGUUGCUUGGUGUGCCUCUUGGCAGUGCAGAAACGGAGGAACUCCGUAUUAUUAGUAGUCACAUUGAAUUUAUGAGUAGGUUACGCGGGACACACCGACAUUUUCGUUACACAUAGAAACAACAAGAAUGAAAAAUAAGUGCUCCUGAGUGGGGUCCGAUCGGCGGAGGACUAUUUGUUGAUAUUUGCGAUAUUAGGUUUUUAUUAUCUAGAGGAAACAUGAUAAGUAUGACUCGAACAAAGUGGUGAAACUAACUAGCGUUUUUUUUUGUUUGUUUUUGGAUGCUCUCUUUCCCCCUGUUAGGACAUUAAAAUUGAAAAUAAAUUUAAUAAUUUCCG